UCGCGAAGGGAGGAGCUGCCGAGAGGCCCGGAACCGAGCGCCUCCCCCGACCCCCGUCCAUCCUGCUGAGCCCCGAGGAUGAUAAACACCCAGGACAGUGGUAUUUUGCCUUUGAGUAACUGCCCUCGAGUCCAGUGCUGCAGGCACAUUGUCCCAGGGCCUCUGGGGUGCUCCGAUGCCCCUCACCCACUGUCGAAGAUCCCCGGUGGGCGAGGGGUUGGCAGGGAUCCUUCUCCCUCAGCUCUGAUAUAUAAGGAUGAGAAGCUCACUGUUAACCAAGAUCUUCCAGUGCAUGAUGGGAAACCACACAUUGUCCACUUCCAGUACAAAGUGACGGAAGUCAAGAUCUCUUCCUGGGAUGCAGUGCUGUCCGAUCAGAGUCUUUUUGUGGAAAUCCCUGAUGGUUUAUUAGCGGACGGGAGCAAAGAAGGAUUAUUAGCACUGUUGGAAUUUGCUGAAGAGAAAAUGAAAGCAAGUUAUGUCUUCAUUUGCUUCCGCAAAAGCAGAGAAGACAGAGCUCCAUUACUGAAAAGGUUCAGUUUUUGGGGCCUUGAGAUUGCGAGGCCCGGGCACCCUUGUGUCCCACCGCGACCAGAUGUGUUGUUCAUGGUCUACUCCCUGGAUCAGGAACAUGGGCUUGUCCUUAACAGAGUAGUUCAUUCCGUGGCUGGAUAUUGGACCCAUCACGAGAAGGACUGUUACUUCCGAAGAGGAACCCCCGAACAAAUCCUCUGGGGCCGUCUUCCCAAUAAACCUCCCGAUCAUCUUUCUUUCCAUUUGAACGAUGUUGCCAAACCAGGCAGUCGAACCGGGGAGACGUGCCUGUUAACAGUGGGCAAAUCAUCUGCUCCGCAGGCAGAAACCAGCUAUCAAAGGGCUCUAGCGCUCAUCCCAAAACUCCGUAGGGUUUUUGGGAACGGCUCUUUGGCUGGCUCAGAGGCCCCCUCUGCAUGGGCCAACAUCAGGACACCCCAGGACCGGCAAAAACUGUCCUGA